AUGUCCAGCGGAGGUGUCACCGUCAAGGACGUCAGCGCUCACGCUUUCGUCAAGGCUUACGCUGCCUACUUGAAGCGUACCGGUAAGCUCGAGGUCCCCAAGUGGGUUGACCUCGUCAAGACCGCUACCUACAAGGAGCUUGCUCCUUACGACCAGGACUGGUUCUACAUCCGUGCUGCUUCCGUCGCCCGUCACAUCUACCUCCGCAGUGGUGUCGGUGUCGGUGCUUUGAAGAAGAACUACGGUGGCCGUCAAAACCGUGGCAACAGGCCCCAUCACCACGCCAUUGCCUCUGGCUCCGUUGCCCGUAAGGUCAUGCAGGCUCUCGAGAAGAUCAAGGUGCUUGAGCAGGACCCCACUGGCGGGCGUCGUAUCUCCCAAGACGGACAGAAGGAUUUGGACCGUAUCGCCGCCCAGAUUGUCCGCACCGACGAGUAG